AUGACUGAUACAUUUAUCGGGGGUCGCGCGGCCUCUUCUCCGCUAUUCUCAGCUCCUCGCCCCGACCCUAUGGGAUCACGAGAACCUUUACUGAAUACUCCCGAAAAGGUUGCGGCGUCAGAUAAAGAGCUUGCCAGGCUUCUUACUGAGGAGAGAAAAGUUGCUGGUCGCACACGAAAGCACAACAGGCGCCAGACAGCCAUUGCAAGACGAAGCCCCUUUGUCUCGCUGUGGGAUAGCUGGGCAGCCGAACAGACACAAGUCGGUAUCACGAACCCUGGAGACUUGUGCUAUCGAAAUGUGAUUUUUCAACUAUUCGCGCACUCUCCGGCCAUAAUUCAUUGGGCGUGGUGGUACAGUAAGCAUCACGUCCCAGAGGGGUAUAAAUGCGAGAUGGGAGAUGAAGGAGCUGUGUGUAGACCCUGCCACCUCCAUUCCUUCUUGAGUAGCUAUUGGGAUUCUCGGGAAGAGGAUCUUGAGGACAAGGUUCAGGACCUGUGGGAUGCGAUUUUCGAUAACUGGAAGGACGGAGAUGGGGAGAAGAAGAGCGGCCAGCAAGAUCCCGCGGAAUUCUUUAUGGAAAUGUACUACCAGAUCUUGGAGGAUGUUCAACCUGCACUUCAAAAUGAUUAUAUGGAAAUCUGUGACACUGAACUCGUCACUGGUCAACAGUGUAGAGGAGAGAAAUGCUGUGCGGACACUACAUACCAAAAGGAGUCCGGAUGGCCUGUAUUGUCUCUUCAGUUUGACUCGAAGAGCAAGGUCAAGACCGUCGAGGAGGCUAUUUUAGCGCACCUAGACAUGCAAACCCUCGCGGGAUCCUGCCGCAAAUGUAAAUGCAAACAGAUGCAGAAAGAAUACAUCUCCAAACCGUCCGAAAUGUUCGUCGUUCAGCUCAACCGUAAUGAGGAAGACGGAACGAAGAUCGACAAAGCAAUCGACUUUGAGGGUCACGUCAAAAUCAAGGGAGAAUAUUUUGAUCCACGAAUCGAGUCAGCAUCGAAUCAGAAUAUCACUUAUGAGCUGACCUCGGUGAUCUUGCACUCUGGCUCCAGCGCCGACCAAGGCCACUAUACCAUCAUUGUCAGGGGUCGAACCAACAAAUGGACCUUGAUCGAUGACGAGACGGCAACUCCAAUUUCAAUUUCGACUUUCUGUAGAUUGCCUCAAACUCAGAAGGAUGCCUAUCUAUUCGUAUACACCCGGUGCCCCAGGCAGCCGACUGAGGAGAGAAUGAUCCGACACCAGAAGAUAUACACCGUGGACAGAAUUGAGAAGCGCCUACAACAGAAAGUCACCUCAUUCCCGAAUGAAAAGUUGAAUUGGUCUAGUGUUCAUCGUCGACCUGAGAGCCAGGCCACACCCCAAGGUCGCUUUGGUACAAUGGAUCUCACCUCUAGCCCCUCAGUCCAGUCAAUUUCAAGCAAUACCACUUCAAACAGGUCGAGCUCAAUUCAGACGGCUCCAGUUGCAUUUCGGGGAACAUCAGCAGCAACAGGGCAACCAAUACGCUACGCAAGUCAGUCAACUCCAGGAAACUUGCCUGAGAAAGACCUCAAGGGACCUCCGAUGGCCCAUGAGAAUUUCCAAAUGCCUGCACACUUCGGAGCAAAUUUCCCGGCACCCCAGAACAACAAGAAAGGCUUCCUUAGAGUCCAGUACAUUGACGGGUCAGAACAGCCCCGAGAAGGCUCUCAAAACCACAACCCUCUGGCUAGUCUACCUGCAACACAACUAGCCAAAGUGAAACCAAUCAUCCUCACUCUACACUGCCUCUUCCCCAACGACCUCCUCCCAGCCCUUGACAUCCUAGACCGGAGGCUUGUGCAGCGCCUUGUCCUUGUGCGCACAGAAAACCAAGACCAAGACACGGCAGCAACCAUCCCUGGCCAGGACCAGGACCACGCCACAGUUGCAGAUGGAAACGCGACACAAACCACGGAGGAUCCCCGAAACGGUCAAACUAGUAACCCACCGGAUGCCAUUUUCCUAGUGACAUCCGCAUCAGCAGCCCCACGUCGAAUAGCGGCAGCAGCAACAACAGCAAUACCCGGAGGAGUACCCCCAGGAGGAGGAGGAGGUUCAACGCCAACAGCCACGCAAGACCCAGAAAAGGGCUACGAAGUACGUCUAAAUGCGUGGAACUGCACAUGCCCCACCUUCGCCCUCUCGGCAUUCAAAGAUCUAGAUUCUCGUCAGGGUUCUUCGACUAAUAUCCCCGAAAACCACCCGGAGAUGGAGAAGCUGCUGCAUGACCGGGAUGCGUAUGCAAAUAUACUGCCUGUUGUUUAUCCAUUUGGUGGGACUCUCACCCGUGAUACAGACAAGGGGUCUCCGCCGGCCUGCAAGCAUAUUCUCGCUUGUAUACUGUUUGCUCGGUGUCCGGGUUUGUUUGGUCAAUAUGGGGAUGGCAAACUCGUUUCUCUGGAGGAGAUGGCUGGUUGGUGUGCUGGAUGGGGUGGGUGA